GAAGAGAGGAAGGAAAAGGAGGCCUCCUUCUGUCAUGGCCUAUAAAGCCUCCGGCCACAAGGGGCACAUCACAUCCCUCCCGCCAAAAAAGGCUGCUUUUUCUCCAUUCAGAGGCAGCAGGGGAGAGGGAAGGGGAGCCUUGUAUUUAUCGGUCGAGGGGGCGAAAAAAGGUCCCUCCCUCUCCCCUGCAGAUGUAUACACCGUUUCUCUUUAUUUUGGCAACGCCAGCAUAAACCUCUUCGAAAUGACUCAGAUUGUUUCAGACCUAUUUGCCUAUAAAGCAACCCUACCAAAAAGGUUUCUUGGCGUGAUUUAUUCAGAGGGAAUUCAUUUUUUUGCCCUCUAAGUUGCUGAGAGAAGGCGACUUGGUCAAGGUCACCCACUGGGCUUCCAAGACCAAGCAAGAAUUCAGUUGUUUAAAAGAAAAACCUUCACAACUAUAAUGUAAACCUAACAGAGUGGCAAACAUAACUACAGAAAAUCAAGUGAAAAGUUUGAAACAGAAAGACAAAAUGAGUGCUUCUGGAGGAAGCUGUGAAAGUCCUAACUCUGCAGAACCUACUUCUGACUGCUUCAAGGAAUUGUGGUCCAAGUUAAAGGAAUGUCAUGAUAAAGAAGUAACAGGUUUACUGUUGAAGAUCUCCAAACUAAAAACUGAAAGGUGCAGGGAUGCAGAGAGGCUUGAUGAAUAUUACACCAAAAACCAGCAGCUUAGAGAGCAGCAAAAAACCUUGCAUGACACCAUUACAGUUUUAGAAGAUCGGUUAAGAGCAGGAUUAUGUGAUCGCUGUGCAGUAACUGAAGAACACAUGAAGAAAAAACAGCAGGAGUUUGAAAAUAUCCGACAGCAGAACCUUAAGCUCAUCACUGAACUGAUGAAUGAAAGAAAUAACUUACAAGAUGAGAAUAAAAAGAUUUCUGAACAGCUUCAGAAGAUGCAGCAAAGACUAGAGGAACAAGAGCAAUAUAUGGAAGGUUGUAUUCCAAGCUCUCCUGUUCAGUCACUUUCAAUUUCAAUGGUUAGCCGAAUGCGCCGAAAACGAGAAAACAGGCACGUCCGAUAUACAGAACAAAAAUGUACAGAUUUGGAACAGACUAGAAGACCUCAUGAGCUUGGAAAGAUUCCACUAUCAUCUACUCAAAGACAUUCUCACCCUGGAGAAGAAAUACUGGUGGCAGAUACUUGUGAUCCACAGUUGUCCCCAGUCUCAAGUAAAUACGCUGAGGAAGUGAAGGGAGACUGCCCAGACAAAACAUCACCUUUUAAUUUGGCUACCGUUGUUGCAGAAACACUUGGACUUGAUGAGAUUAGGCAUCAGAAGAAACCACAAGGAGAUUCCAGAAAAAAUGUGCUUUACAACUGUCGUGAAAGUAAUGUUGACAACUUGGGAUUUUCAGAUCCGCACGAGGAUGCUUCUCUGUCUAUAGACUGGGAUUCUAAGGCAGCUUCUCCUGUUUUUGGAGCAUCUGCCAACAUGAAGAGCAACUUGGGCAUGAACACGAGUCUUUCCCCUUCUGUGCUAGCAGCAGGACGUAAGUCAAAUCUGAAAACCAACCCAGUGAACAAUUCUGCCCUUUUUAGAUCUGAGAAAGCGAGAUCAAAAUCUGAAGAUGUUGCUUUCCUUGCACCAUUUAACCCUGAGAUUGAAAUAGCUUCAGUUAUUAUCAGCCAGCCUCCAACUAGUCAGCAAGUGGUUCUGAAGCAGAAUGCAGAUGAACACAUAACCUGUGUGACCAACACACUUUUAGAUAAAGAUGAGAGAGCUAAGAGUGACUACCUUCCCGCAUCACAGAAACUGUUAGGAAGCCGGUGUCCUAAAAGAAAGAAGGGUGGUGAGAGAAGCAAGCAUGUGAUUAGCUGUGAAAAAGAGAAUGCCUUUCCCUCUCAUACAGACAUCCCUCCUGUUGUCAAUAGAGAUAAUACGAGUGAUAAGCCGUUAGAUCUGUCUAAUCACUUUUCUGGUUUUCGCUGUCAAGAAAAAUCCCACAUAAGUGCUGAGACCUCCAAAGCCAAGUUGAAGCAGACAACGCUCCAUGAUGUUUUCCAACCACAAGCAAAAGUUUCUUCAUCUAAAACAAUCAAUGGUCACUGCUUAAUGAACGAAGACUCACAAGAGGAUCCCUGUAUACAGGAAGCAAUCCUGAAAUCUCUCAGAAAAGCAUCCCCAGAGAGAGAAGAUGAAGUACAUGUUAAGGAGGAAACCAUUGCCUUUCGUAAACCAGCAUUGCCUGAUGACGACUUACCAUCAGACAUCUCUGGAGUUAAGAAGGUAUCUGGUGACCGUGAACCAAAAAAUAAGAGACUACGGUCAGGACUUGGAAUAGGUGAGCCGGCUUCUGUCCUUCAGCCAAAUCCUUGCCGACUGACAAAAACGACACAGUGCCACAAUGAGGAAGAUAAACCAUCCUUGGAAAGUGUGCAGUGGAGUGUAGACCCAGGAGCUGACCUUUCCCAAUACAAAAUGGAUGUCACGCUGAUAGAUACAAAAGAAGAUAGCCAAACAAGAAAUGGAGCAGAGACCAUGGACGUUGACUACACGUAUGUCAAUGAUAGUAUUCUAUUAAUGAAAAAUCGAGAAAAGGUAGAAGCAGACUGUCCAGAAGGAGAGAAAAGAAAAAAUGAUACCUUAUCUGAAAUAUUUGAUCAGACAACAUAUGAAGAAUAUAAGUCCUACUUAGAAGAUGACAAGUUUCCAGGACAUAACAAUGAAGAGUCUUUUGAGGAGGAAGAGGAAGAAAAUAACAUGUCAUCAGUCAAGAAAAAUCUACAGAGGAAAGAAGACAAACAAGAUAAAACCAAACAGAAGGCUUUUGUGGAGCCAUAUUUUAAAGGUGAUGAAAGAAGGAAUACUGUAUUAGAUUUCCCUCACAUUGAGGUUGUGCGGAAGAAAGAAGAAAGGAGAAAAUUACCCGGUCACACUUGUAAAGAAUGUGAAAUAUUUUAUGCAGAUUAUCCUGAAGCAGAGAGGGAGAAGAAAAUAGCAACCUGUUCAAGGCAUCGAUCUCGCUAUGUUCCUCCUGACACACCAGAAAAUUUCUGGGAGGUUGGAUUCCCUUCUACCCAAAUGUGUGUUGAAAGAGGUUAUAUAAAAGAAGAUCUUGCUCCUUGCCCCCGUCCUAAAAGAAGGCAGCCAUAUAAUGUGAUGUUUUCUCCAAAAGGCAAAGAACAAAAAACAUAACUGCAAAGUAAAAUGUUUUAAAGAUGGAGACAUAAACUCUUUGUUUUGGUUCAUAUUUAUAACUAAUGCAAUAGUAGAUAAUAUGGAAAAAUCAGGAAUUCAUUUUCCUCUUAUCCUAUAAAAUUGUAGACCUUCUGUGGAACUAUUUAAUGUAUAUAUUUUUGAUUUUUAAAUAAAUAGAUAUAUUUUGUAUCUUCUCCUAGUUCUGCACCUUGUAGUAUGGAAGGCUUGUUUCUGAUUCUCUGCAGUUCUGCUGUCUGCAUUCAAACUUGAUGUAAGUUGGUGUGACUCCCUUGGACCAAGAAAUGUUGCAGCUUCUUACGUUAGAUCUAGAAAAUUUAGGAAGAAACUUAGAGGGUGCUCCCAUUUUGCACUGGAUAACUUAAUUGUCAAUAUUUGGGGGUUUUGUAAUAACUUUUGGAAAAAAAAUCUAAUAAAAAUGAAUUUUCUUAAUGA